AUGGUCAACCCGUUUAGCAAGGGUACCGAGUUCGAGAUAUAUGGCUCCACUACUCGUACCGCUAAUGAUCACCAUCACCUCACCGAACAGCGAAAGUCAAACUUCAAUCAGCGACCUCCGCUUGCCCCUGUGAAUAGCGUCUCACCUGCGACAAACAGCGCAGUUCAGUUCCAGCCUACAGCCAUCACGACCUCGUUUCAGGCCACACUCAACAUGAACUUGUGGCUUCAGCAGAACAACCCAGGUCUUCUGGCGCGGUUCUCGGAGCCGAGCAACACUCGUUCAGGACUGGCGUGUACGAACACAUCUCCUCGAACUCAUGUUUCAGCUGCAAAGGCGCUGUCCCCGAUCUCAAUGCCAAACCCACAAGAACAUGCAACUGCUGAGAACUUGCUUCCAAAGCUUCCGUCCAUCAACCAAGACUAUGCAAGGAUUACGGAAAACUUGAAGCAUUGGAACUUGGAGCUCACAGAUCAACUCAAUUCAGCGAACCAACAACUGCGCUCAUCGCAAGACACAAUCUCGAGUUUGAAGUACCGUCUCAUUGAGCAAGAGAGAGCUCAAACUCAUCACAAUCACCGCUCAGCUGCAGUCAGACCAGAAAGAUCCUACGUCAUAACCCCCAAAUUCAUCCGGCCGGUAAUGAGCUCCACGACCCGCCCGGAGGAGCCAGUCACUCCUUCGCCUACCAAGGAACUAUCGUUGAUGAAGGCAUUUGAUUCACCGAGCACGCCCACAAAGCCGCAGCCUCCUCCAGCUCCCCAACAUCCUCCCACCAGAUCCUUUCGCCGUCGUCAUCACCGUACUGCAACGCCCGAACAGCGUUCGAUUCGCGCUAUGAUGGGAAACAAGCCGGUCUUCACGGUGGGUAUGGGUCCUCAAAACGACCGGUGCCUCCUCUUCGAUUUCUUCGAACACAUUAAGCAAUGGGCCGCUGCGUAUACCGUGCACAUAAAGUCGCUCAACGCCGAGCAAGUACACAAUCUGUCCGCUCAUCUUGCCUUGGCUGGGAGCCUUGGCAAGCCGUCGCAGUUGAUGGUGCUAGUCACUGAGCAGGACAUGUUGAUAGCGAUGGUUGCGUCCGUGGUUUGCCGACACAUGUGGACGUACGCGUUGGACGAGCAUUCCAUAUAUGCGAGCGGACAUCCUCAGGCCGACAUAUGCGAGGAACUGGCCUGGAAAUGGACAACUAUUCCCUUGGACAAUCACGAAGCGAAGCACGACCUGCUCCUCGCCCAACAAGAAAUCUACACCGCUAUCAAGAACGCACCGGACCACAAGACCUGGCGAGCCGCUUGCGCUGAGCGUCUUACUACCAAGCUCUUGUCUGAUCUCAAUGGCCUGCUCGCCACCAGUCUUUUUCCAGCAGCGCUCACAGAUCGUAACCAUACCCUUUCAGAGCUAUACGUCAAGGGGUACAGGAUCGGCUUCCGCCUGCGUAUGGCGGCUACCAAGUGGCAGUUCCAGUGGCCUUCACCAGGCGCCGAGUUCAACCCAGGCACAAUGGUCAAUGAGAGCAGGAUGCUGUACGGCAACGUUUUGCGAACGAUGGGUGAGGUCAUGAAGGACCCCCGGGCUCAUGAGGUCCUGUUCGCAGUAAGUCCGACGGUGACGAGAAGCGAAUUCUCGGCGGGUCAUGAGCAACGGGCAGUGGUGCACAAUGCGUUAGUGCAUAUCACGCAUAAAGGAUAUGCUUGA